AUGAAAUCGCUGUGUGUUCUCACGACUCUGUUAUCACCAUCUCCAUUACCAUCAUCGUCCUUCCACUCGCUCACUGUCAGUCAACGAACACCUUGAGGAAGAACAAUCUAUCUGCGGAAUUUCUUGUUGAUUCCCUCACCACGCUCAAAAAAUGCUUCCACACGCGCCUUCUAUAAUCUCUAACCUCUCCCCUUCACUCCUCCCCACAGUCCAUUUGCUCAAACCCUCAGUUUUUCUCUCUAGACCCGCAAUUAAUCGAUCCUCCUUCAUGCCAUUGAUUAAGAACAACAAACUGUGGGUCCAACCUAUGAGAUGCUCCGUCUCUGUAGUUACAGAGCCCCCCCGUUUGGAAUCCGCCGACAAUCACAAGCCUUUUGCAGCUGAGGUCUCCCGAACGAUUGUGGAGUUAUCCUCUGUGGGCACCCUUUCAACCCUCCCUCAGGACGGCUCGCCCUUAGGUUACGGCGUUCGCUUUGCUGUUGACUUGAAUGGAGCUCCGGUGUUAUGCUUGAAUGAGUUCGAUGUACGAUUUUCUCCUGAUAAUCGGAGAUGUAGCCUUCAUGUCCAGUUGGAGCAGUGUGGUCAGCGGACGCCUCAGUGUACCAUACAAGGGAACCUUGAGAAACCUGUAGAUAAGACUGUUUUGAGGAGACUCUGUUCAGCAUGGAAGAAGCGGUUUAACGAGGAAGUGGAAGAAAGUUGCAUCUAUGUCAUUGAUGUUGAAAGGGUUCUCCAAAUAGAUGAUUAUGCCCAGGAUGGUGUUUGGGUUUCUUCAUCAGAGUAUGCAUCAGCUGAACCAGAUCCACUACGAGACUGUGCAGAAAAAAUUGUUGAUGAGAUUAACACCCACAGCAAAGAAGAUGUUCAUCGAUUUUGUAACAUUUAUGCAGACUUGGAUUUCCAGGUACUGGAUGCCAAGAUGGUGUGGGUUGAUCGACUAGGCUUCGAUGUGCACGUGAGAUCUGUGCAUGAUGAUGUGUAUGAGGUCCGAAUACCUUUCCCUAGACAAGUGUCGGAUGAGAAGGGUGCAAAAUCAUCCUUCAAUGGUAUGUCUCAGCUCGCCUGGGAAGUCGAAAAGAAUUUUCAUUCCCAUGAAUUCAGUAAGGUCAAACACCUGAAGAAGGUCACUAAGUCAAAUUAGUUUUCAAUGUCACACAUAUCCCUCUUUAUCUCAUUAUUUAUCUCGUUUAUGCGUUACUGGCAUGGGUUAUCAUCCCCCGUUUUGAUCUGUUGUAUUGUGUGUAUUUUAAUUUUUGUAUCCUUCUCCCUUUGGUUAUUAUCAUCAGUUCGUGAUAACUUUGUGGGAGAGUAUCCCCUGCCACAAGGUGUGGCAACCAAUAUUUUAGUUUCUUACCAAGUAAUGUGGUCUUCUUAAAUGUCAUUACUCAUUACUGUAGUUGUGUUAUGGUUUGUGCAUUCGGUGCUAAGUAAAUUUAUCGCACGGUACCAUAUCAGUAUUCAUAAUUUAAACUGUG